CCCUCUGGUUUGGACCUGGUGCAUAAUACACUGGACACGGUGAACAGUUCACCGUGUCUAGACACGGUGAACAGUUCACCGUGUUCAAACAUGUUAGCAUGCUGCAUGAUGUACUAGUUGUCAAUUCUCUACUUUAUAAAGUUCAACUUCAGUUAUAUGACGCAAACAUGUUAGCUAUCUUAACCAUACUUCACAUAAUGAGCCAAUGACACAAUUACACUAAAUCCACAAUUCACUUAGCAUCAAACUCACAAGUACACUUUGCAAUGCACUUUUGUGCUUUCGGCUGUUCGAUCACACUUUUAAUUUGUCAAAACCUUACUACAACUCUUUAAAAGAUGUGGGUUAGCUCGAAUUACCAAUCCCACUCUCGAACUUCGUAAUUUGCCAAGUUCAAAGUACUACACCAAUAUAUUAUGAAAAUGCCGUAAGACAGAUCCUGAGUUGGUAAUAUAAAUAUUGAAUCUUUUAAACAUUGAAUUAUCUAAUUUUUAUGUGCUUUCCUUUCAAUACUUCGUCAUCUUUUCGUAGUAAUUAUAUGUAUUUUUCACAAUAGUUCAAUUUUGAUAACACGAGAUCAACAUAGUUCAAUUUUGAUAAUUAAUUAUAUGUAUUUUUCACAAUAAAUUACAUGGAGGCCUUAUGACGAUAUAGUGUUAGAGACGCUCCUACCUUUUCGUCUGGCGGGGCCCCAGGUUUAGCGAUCGAGGACUAACUUAGUCUGCUUCCACAUUAUUGAGCUCCAUCAUCCCGAUCGUGUGCUUCGACAGUUUGGGCUAUCACAGCAUAUACCUGAAGCAGUGCUUGCUAUACCUCGCAUCAAUUCACGAGGCAGAGCAGAUGAGGAUUGGGCGGCAUACCAUGCUUCAUACAUUCAGCAUUGGAAUGAUAGAUUGGUAGAUAUAGCAGAGGUGGCCCUUGAGACAGAUCCAGAUCCUAUACGAGCUACCACUGUUUAUAUGCAGUGGUAUUGGACGAUCACCAGGAGGUGGAUAUCUACACCUGUACAGCAGCCACCUCUCGCGUAUCAGCCACGUGGGCACGUCGAGAGAGUAGUGGUCGAUAUUGUGCAAAGAUCACAUUAUACGAUCAGACAUGUCCUAUCAGAUAUUCCAGGAGGUGGAGUGUUAGAUGCCCUAUCACAUAUUGCCGAUCAGAUGGAAGCAGUUUUGGAGACUUUACCUACGUUUUCACACACUGUAUCUCCACGACCAACAGACUAUGGUAGAGCAUCGACAUCCGGCCAUGCACUGGUAUAUAGUCCACUGAGGCCAUCAUCACCGAUAGAGGAGCCACCUUAUGCUGAUGUUAUGGACCCGGCACCAGCACCAGUACCACAGGAUCCACCUCGAGCAGUUGAUAUUGUUUAUUAUAGGCGCCGACGACAUAUGCAGUCUAACCAUACAGAUCAACCCAUCUCUUCAGCUCCUUCACGGCCAGACAUACUACCGACACCUGCUACUGCUGUGAUUGAGCCGGUUAUUGAGGGUGCUGCUAUCGAGCAUCUGGACCAGUUGGAGAUUUUAGAGUCUUUUGAUGAGCAUGGUGUUGAUCGUGGUCGUGGACGUAGUAGGCGACGUGGUCUAGGGAGUAGGAGGAGAACAUGAUAUUAUAUUUCUAUAUUAUUGUAAAACUUGCUUUAAUUUUGGAUAUUCUGUUGUGAUUAUCUGGUAUUGAUACUUUAUUGAGAUUCUGUUGGUAGUGAUGUGUA